UGUUUCUUCGCUUUUAUUUUUAAUCGCCCAUUAUUUUCGAAGCCAAAAAAGCUGAUAGGAAAUGACCUCCACACCAUCAAGGGAGCACUCGGAUCUGUUGCGCCGCAUCGUCGUCUAUGAGGAUGGCCGCACAGAAGCUGCAUGUACAGAUGGUAGCGCGUUAAUUUUAGGUCGUAGUGGCGGAUUGAGCUAUUUUAGACCAGCGGGCGAAAGAAGACGCCUCUUGCUCCAAGGAGCCACUAGCGAGAUUAGGCCCAAAGUAGCUCAACUCGUGAGACGAGCAAACACGCUGCUGCCACGACCUCUGAUCUUCAAUGCAGGAGAUGCAGUGGCGGUUCAUACAGGCAAAUGGGAUGAAAGGGCUGCUAGUAGAGGAGAGGAUGGUUGUGGUUUUUCUGCUCAACAUCAAGACCUGUCUGCAACAUCAGCGAACCUUAACACUUCAAGUUGCAGCAUCCUCGGAAUGAACCAGACCAGCAUGAUCCAUGACAGCAGCUGUUUUCCCCUUGACAACACAACUAGUCAUAACAUGACAGGAGUAGGAGGUAGCUUCAUCGCUGGCGGGUCGUCAUCAUCGUCGAGCUCAAUGAUGACAUCUCCACAGAAAAAGCAACCCUCCACUGCGGAGGAGAUCAAUAGGCAGGAGAUUCGCCAGCACUACACGAAGCGUCAGCACGCCAGAUGGCGAGUGGAAGAUUGUCGUUUGGAAGAUGCAUCCAGUGAACCUCCGUCCUCGUCCAGCACUACCGAGAAGUGCGUAACCCUCACCUGUAUCGAUGGCGACUGCACGAUCCGACUACCAAUGCACGCUCGGUUCGUGCACAUCAGUUGGCCUUGUUUGAUCCCAGACCAUCGAGCAGUCCGGACAACAACCGGCGCGAAUAGGGGGACUACUAUUAUGGCUCCGCAGCCGGUUUCUGAGUAUUUUUCUUGUAAUCACAGCAGCACCGAGACCUAGACAUUAAGUAUGAUCAUGGAACAAGCUAUUGAUUUUCACUUCUUCCACAUACUUCAAGUACAGGGUUACCAAUGAUCAUCUCGAUCAGCAGCACGACCUAGAAGAGCUAAUCAUUAGGAUGAAACAAGCUAAGUUGGGGACCUCCUUCUCUCUCCAAUCCUCUCGCCAUCGUGUAUGAGCAUGUGGUAAUGCGACAGACGUUUCCUCUACGGUCUGUACCACCUCAGUGGCGUUAUCCGGUUGCCGUUUGCCUCACCAAGUGCGCCCAGGACAGAGGAGAAGGAGUAGCUACCACAGCAUGGACCGAUGCGGAAGUUUCGGAGUACGCAUGUCGUGUUUCGGCGAAUGAGGUACUAUCGUUAUGAUUUGCUUCCUCGGAGAUGUUGUGAUUCGUAUGAUAUUAGUACAAACGGUCUAGUAAAAAAAGUUUUUCUACUUCGUCCUGCUGUUGUAGGUACUUACACUUCUUGAGAGCAGACCUUGUUGACCUUGACGAUGACUGGGAGUAGAGAAAAGCGUGACAAUUGAUAGUUCAAAACUCAAACUUCCUAGAGGUAGCAACGAAGUUACCCCUUGCUGCUGAGCUCGACGGGGAAGCUACAUGGACCAACGACAGUAGCAGUCCGGCAUCUGGAGUGCUGAUUGGUGCUCCUAGUGGCGAGAAUCGUGUGAUUGCAGUCUGGGAGAACAAGAUCGAUCAUCGUAACAAGAUCGAUGAUCGUGGGUCUUGUUCUAGUCGUUCUACUGUUACUACGUGGGCGAUUCCGCCUGUUGAGGCCGCGGCAUCAACAUGGUCUAGUUUUAGUUCCUUGCAGCAGCAUCAACAUGGUCUUACAAACUCGACGGCUGGAUCGUACGCUUACGGCGGCUCAUCUUCAUCCUCUGGUCCGUCUGCUCGAAGACUGUCUCCAACCAGAUCUAGUGAACAACAUCCUUUACUACUGUCGUGGCCUAGUGACGGCACAGUUCUCGAGAGCACCUCCAGGGGAACGUAUUGGAGACACAUCGGCUCGAUGGGCGAGGUUUUAAGGAACUUGUUGCCAACGAGUGACGGAGAUGCCGACUUUCUCGAGAACAUACUGCGAUGGUUUGGGGGCGUCGAGUUACUCUGUGUACCGAGAAGGGCGAUGCGGGGGGCGCGGGCGGGUGGAGGUAUUUGUCUUACCCUGUUAGGGAUCCUUGUGUUUUCGUCCGGUGAUGUGAAGCAAUGGCGGACCUAGAUAUGGCAUAGUUAGAAAAUUAUUUUGCUUUUAGUUAAAAAUUUCCUUGCCUUCGGUUUUAAGAGGUUAAGCAGCUGGCUAAGAAGCUAGCCAAAGCCGCAGGAUUAGCGUGCACGAGGUGGAGCCUGACCUCGCAGGGUGGUCCGCAGUUGGGUCGAGAAGCAGGUCGGAAGGAACUGCGGACUCGCGGUCGAGCGCAGUGGCGAUGUCCUCCGGCGGCCACCUUCAGCCCUUUCCCAAAAGGGUCCCAUUUCGGGACCCCAAAUGACCCCCCUCCAAAAAAAUUAACUUUUUAAGAAAAUGGCUCGUUGCCACGACUAGGAAUUGGGCCACAGUUUCGGCACUUCUAUGUACCGAAACGGGUCCAAAAGGUACCGUUUUGGGACCCUUGGGACCCUUCGACGACCGCGACCUUGCUCGCCACGAGACGCGGCAGCAUCUUUAUCCUCAGCCCCGGGCGCUAGCGUGCUGCUUCUUCGUCUCCUCGAAGGACCCCUGAAGGGGCCGCGCACUACGUCCCAGAGGCUUCCCCUGCGCCCGGUUUGAAUGCUUUGGGAAGCUAAUGUAUCUGGUUAUUCUGAAGGCAGGGAAGUUUUUAACUUUUAGCUAAAUAAUUUUCUAACCAUGCCAUACUAGAGCUGCUUUGAUCCUUAUGAUAACAUCACGUUUAGGACCCCUCAAACUCAACCUAGAACUGCUUUGAUCCUUAUGAUGACAUCACUUAUAGGACCCCUCAAACUCAAUCUAAUUAUUUGGCUCUUGUUUCGUUAGUUUAAAUAUGUUAGCCUCUGCGCGUUCGUCCUUGCUUUCUGACGAGCGUUGAGCGUGAGAGAAGGUCUAUGGUUUUGAUCCCUCCUGCUCUUCAUCAACCUCGUAUACUAAGGACAAAUAUCACAUAUACUAAGGACAGCCAGUACAUGUUCCAAUACAUUUCUUAUGAUAACAUCACGUAUAGGACCCCUCAAACUCAACAACCUAUUCGGAUCAACGAUCUGUACCACAACGCCAAGGUUCGCCUUCUCCAACGAGUGCAAAAGCCUCAGUAUCCGCAGCUGAGGGCCUGCGUCUGCGUAGUGAGGUUUCCGCUGAAGGAACCGGGCGUUUCGCCGCUUUCCUUUGUGCUGAUGGCUCUACCCUGAUUCGCGCGAAAUUCGUCGAUGGCACCAGAAUCGAAUAUACGCAAGGAAACGACUCUUUCGUCGUUUUCUCUGCAGCUAGAAUUACGGCUAGACGCCUACCAUAAUCCAUAAUCUUCCGAGGAAGCCACCUCCUGUGAUUGUUGAAUCCCAAGAAGGAAUUAUCAGGUUCCUAAGAGGUUUCGUCUAAGAGGCUUUGAUGAAGAAGAAACUGUGAAGAGGAAAAGAAGCCACCUGUGAUCACGGUUGAGCAGCUCUAAUAGAGGAGAAGUCAGAACUUUUGCGGAACCGACCGACGCGAAAGAGCAUGUCAAAGCCUGCAGAGUGUUCGAGAGGCAAAUGGCUGACAAAGAAGAAAGGAGUAGGAGGAACUCAGGUGAGGUGGUGCAACUAGAUGACCAGCAUCUUCAAGGUGGAAAUUCCACUUUCGACCCGACCGAUCCAUUGCAGAGAUCAUCCUUACUAAAUGCCUCUUCAUCUUCCCACAUACUAGAUCCCCAACAACAGCAUCGUUCUCUGCUAUUGACUGGUAUAAGCCCGUAUCAGAAGAAAAGCAGACGCGCAGAAGAGACGCAAGCGAGAGAAGCAAGAGCAUUAGCAGAAAGAGAGAUGAUUCGGAUACGAGCGAAACAGAUGGCAGAUAGCCUGCACGCAGUAACUGCUGUCGGCGGAAGUUUUCCCCCUCCUGCACCGUCUGCUUCCGGUGGCACAACAAGUACAGGUUUCAAUAGUAGUAGUUCGUCUGCUGCUAGAACGCCACCUUUGACAACAUCGAUAGGUACUAUGAGGAGUGGAAAUGUGCCGAACAUAGCAGCUUCUAGAGGUAUUGGCACAACCUCUGUUGGAGCGCAGCAUGACUAUCUUAGGACAAGACCAGCACCAGCAACAUUAGACACAACAGGAGUAACAAGCACAUCAUCUAGUAUGUUGGUAGACGACGUCCUAGAACUCCAAAGAAGAAACGCCGCCGCCCUGCAGACGUAUUUCGGCGACUCCUUGCGUGCGGAGCAGCCUAGAGGUGGUAUCCUAGGCGCAACAGACUUGAAUAUCACUGCUCUAGGUGCAUUAGAAAGGAGUCGCAAAAUGCUGUCAUCAUUGGAGAGCGAUAUGAAAAUUUUCGGGGAAGGUGGAGGAACUACACCUAGCAGUAUUCAAAAGACGACGACUUGUAAAUGACAGCAGGUCCGAAUUCAUCGAGUUUGAUCAAUAAGGGUGGAGUGCCCACUGGUGUGAUGACGUGAAGCAAAAAUGACUGCGUAACAGUGAUAAUUGAAUGUUGUCAACAAGUGUACUACCUCAACAACUGUGCUAGCUCAACAACUGUGCUAGCUCAACAACUGUACUAGCUCAACAACUGUGCUACCUCAAACUUCCAUGAUCCCAUUCCUUUUGUCGACUUGAUUUCUACACUUCGUUCCGAAUUGAAUCUACGGUUGCUGCUGUGCGCCGCUGACUCUCGCAUGCAUGUUCUUGUAGUUAGACUCUUCGCGCAAAAUCAAUUUGAAUCAACUUUCAACACUCUCAAUGGACUCAUUGAGCAAU